AUGUCAAAAAUUUUUGGAUCUUUUCAUAAAAGUAUCGUUUCAGGGCAGUUUUUAGAAAAUAAUAAAAAAUUACAAAACGAUAAAAAUUUUAAUAAUGAUAAUAAUGGGGGCUUUGCUUUGCCUGGCACAUCCAAGGUUUUCAGAAGAAAUGGAUCAUUUAAAUCUGGUUUGUUAUUGAAUGAAAACACGAAUAUUCAUCCAUUGGAAAUGUGUGAGGAUAUAAGCAAAAUAGAUUUUGAAAAUAGGAAUGAAUGUAAUGGACCCAGUACUUCAACAUCAUUUUUUCAAUGUAAAACAAAAUUAUGCAAUUCAUCUAACAGAUUUGAGUUCAAUCGUAACCGAAUUUACAGCAGUAUGUUUUGCCCCUCUCCUAGAAAAGCUAUUUAUAAUUCUAGACUUCAGUAUCAAAAUGAAGAUUCUCAUUGUAAUAAUGGUUUUAAUGAAGUAUCAGUAUCUAAAAGUUUUGGUUUAGGAAGAAGGAACAUUUUAACUAGCACUGGUUUUUUAAAGGAGAAAAACCAUGAAACUGUUGAUCAGAACAGUGAAGUAGGUAAAAGUAAUUAUGAUAAUAGAGAACAAAAUACUUUAACUACAGCCCUUCCUCCAGAUCCAGGACUGUACUGCCAAAGUAUUAGCAGGUUAAAUCCUGCUUUAAAUUACAGAAGUGAAAAUACAAUCGUUAGAAGGUUUGGAUUAAGGUCAGGAAGUAUUCCUAGUGAAAGUACUUCAGAAAGAAUUUACAAAUCGAAUACAAAUUCUAUAUCGAGUUUUAGAAGUUUAUGUAGCGACAUAGCGGAACCUUCGAGAUUGAGGUUCGCAUCAGAAAGUAAUUUGUAUAAAAAUGUAAACGAACCUAAAAAAAUAUUUGAUGGUAACUUUGUAAAACCUGCAGCAUUCAGACCUAUUAAACCUCCUCAAAGUUCAAGUAUUUCAUCCAUUUCAUUUUCCAAUAAUUAUGAAGCAAACAAUAGAAAUAUCAGUAAUUUGAAUUUUAACGUUUCUCAUAUAUCGAAAAAAGACAGUGCCUUUUCCUACCCGAGGUAUUUAUCUAAUUACAAACAAAAAAAAGAUGAACAGUAUGUAGAAGGAUCAAUAACAAGUUUCACUUCUAUGAAGUCUGAAUUUCACAAAGUAAUCGAAAAUUUACACUAUUCACUUUUAAUUGCCGUGCCUAAUGUUCCUGCAGAAAUUUUCAGACGGGAAUUCGAUAAAGCAAAAGAGAAAUUAGACAUGUUGUCAGAUGUUAGUUUUGCUCCUGGAAUCACAGAUACAGAUGCAGACUCUGUUAUGAGUUAUUCUUCCAGAUGUAAUGGUGAGGACAAGUUAGAAAAACGUUCAAAAGUUUUUGAAAGUACUGUUUCUCUAAAAGGUGCUAAGGAAGUUUUACAAACGUUGACUUCUAAAAACAGACUACGUAAUCGUCUGCUAUCACCAAUCGAAGAAAAGAAAAAAAGUUCAGCAUUUGAAUGUUCAGUUAAUGAGAAAUCAUAUUCUGAAGAUGAAAAAGAGGACAGCGAUUUAAUUUUUAAAAAACCAAAACCUUUUUUUAAAACUAAAAAGAAAAACGUAAAAAAUGUCAAAAUAAAAACGCCUCGAUCUUCGAAAUUAUCAACAUUUAGAGAACAAAAAAAUAUAAUUCAUUUAAAACAUUGGUAUCCAGUUGCUUUCGGUACAGAUUUAGUAUUUUGUGGAACAUGCGAAAAGAAAGUAAUACUUAUCGAUGGAUUGGAAUGUAAUAUAAUUGGAAGCCCAUCUGAUUCAAUUUUAGCUUUUUCGAAGAAAAUAAGAUCUCGAUUAAAAGAUGGAUUGACGAGUCACUGGAGAGUUUUUCAAAAAGAAUUGCUCGAUAAUCAGAGCACCGUUAAAAAAACAAAAACGUUGGAUUCAUACGUGAAAAGAAAAUCAAGUCCGAAAAAAGUAGUGGAGAAAUACGAGACGACGCCCAAAAUCAUGAGGAAAUCAUUACCCGAACCUGAAAAAAAUAAAUCUGCAGUGAAUUCGGAAACUCCAGUGAGGCAAAAAUUUAGUUUUUCGAAAAAAGUCAAAAAAACUUUUUCGAAUAAAACGAAAAAAAAUAAAAUGAUUGGAAAAAAAUUGGAAAGCGGGAAGAAAAUUGAUGGGGAGAAAGGGAAAAGGGAAUCACCGAAAAUGACAAAAACAACACCUAAAAGUACUCCGUUAAAUACAAACGCGACAACUUCAGAGAAAAAUAAAAAAAAUAAUUUGAAUGAUACCUUAUCAAAAGUCACGCAAACAAAUUCGAGUUCGGUAAAAAAGACAAAAAUGAAAACUCCAAAAAGUAAAAAAUCGAAUGACGAUGACAAUGAAGUUUCAAAAGUGAUUUCCUCGGCGGAAACGAAGAAAACUCAAGUGAAACUCAUAAAAUCGAAUUCGAAAAGGAAAAGAGAAAUUUCUGAAGAUGUGGAUUCAACACCGAGAAAGAAAAGCAGGUCGGAAAAUUCAUUACUUGAAGGGAAAACAAAAAUGUUAAAAGAAGAAAAGGGUAAAAAACAGUCGAAGAAAAAGAAUAACGUCAGCAAAAUUUCAAAAGACACGACAGAAAUUGAUGAUGAUGGUGAAGAAGAAGGUUUCGAAUUAAACGACAUUGAGAUACCCGAGAUCGUCAACGUGAGUUCAAAGCCAAAAUUAAACAAAAGUCAGUUGCGUGUCAUCAGCAUGGAAACUCCGCCAUUAAAAUAUUUCAACAACAAUCUUAAAUUAUUAAAAACGACAACGCCAGUUCAAAGUCCGGAUUGGUUCAUGUCGCAAAGAACCGAAUCCGAAGUUAAACAAUUUCAAAAGAGAAGAGCACUCGCGCAGAAAAAAAAGAAAAUCGUCAUCGAAGAAAAGAGAAAAACGGUGACGAGAAUAAAAAAUAUAAAAAAUAAAGAUUUGAAAAACGUUUUCGAAUGGGUUUCGGAUAAAGUAGUGAGAACACCAGCCGGAAAUUCUCAACUUUUAAAAUACAUGAUACCGAGUAGGAAAGCAAUGGAAAUGAACGAUGACGAUGACGAAGACGAUGACGUAGACGAUGACGUAGACGAAGGAGAAAUGAGGGAAGAAAUAAUUGAAGAAGAAGAAAUUGUUUCCAGUGACAUGUCUUCUUUCGCUAAUUAA